AUGGUUCGAAAUGCAGGGAAGUUUGGAAAGCCGAAACGAGGUGGGAAGAAACAAUUUACACAAAAUCUAGCUGAGAGUGAUCGAGCCGGGAUGUGGGAUGGAGAAGUAAAGGACUCUGAUUCUGAUGAGUCAGAAGAAGAGUCAGAAGAAUCGGACGAGGAAUCAUCCGGCGAGGAAGAGCUGAACUCGAAGCUGGCAUCCACCUCGCUCGGCUCCUCAUCUAAGCCCCCAGCGGAUUCGACGGAGACUCAGACCCGGGCUGAACGGAAAGCGGCUAAGAAAGUGGCGGCCGGAAAGGCGCCAAAGCCUGGAAAUGACGACGAAAAUUCUGAUGAUGAUCAAGAUUUAGGGCAGGGCAACUCAAACCGAGUGGUCAAGAAAUCGGUGAAAAUUAACGAGAUCUCUAACUUGGACACGGGCACCUUAAAUCGUAAAGAAAGAGAAGCAGCUGAGAAAAAAGCAGCCCAGGAACGUUAUUGGAAACUGCAUCAAGCUGGCAAGACCGACGAAGCGAAAGUUGACUUGGCACGACUUGCGAAAAUCCGGCAAGAGCGUGAACAGGCAGCUGCGUUUAGGAAAGCAGAAGCUGAGGCUAAAGCUAAAGAGGCAGCAGACAGAGCCGCUCUCUCAGGCCGCAAGAAAAAGUAG